AUGGCUCAGUCAUCGUCAGCUCCUGAUUCGGCCAAGGUGCCAGUCCUGUUGCUCAAGACCAAAUCUGCACCUGGCGAUGCGUACGAGGAGCUGUUCUCUCAAGAACACAAUGGGGUUUCCUUUGAGCCUGUCUUCGUCCCGGUACUGCACCACAGCUACCAGGAGCCAGGCAUGUCAGCAAUCAGAGAUAUCCUGCACCGCCGCGGCAUCAGUGCCGGCACUGACGCCUUGUACGGAGGCUUUAUCUUCACAUCCCAGCGGGCUGUUGAAGCUUUCGCUAAAUUGGUAGACGAAAAGAAAGAUGAGCGGGGAUGGCCGCAUCUGCAGGAUGUCCCGGUAUAUAGCGUUGGGCCGGCUACAACGCGAGCGCUCAAGGCUGUCUCUCAGGAUCCGCCGCUGCAGAUUUUUGGGGAGCACACCGGCAACGGUGAUGCGCUGGCCAAGUUUAUCCUUGAGCACUAUAGCCAGUGGUAUCACGACAGACCGAUCAAGCCGCCCAUUCUCUUCCUCGUUGGUGAGCAACGACGAGACAUUGUUCCCAAAACACUCAUGGACACCAACCUUGCCAAUGACCGGAGAAUACAAGUUGACGAGGUCGUGGUCUAUGGAACGGGUGUCAUGCAGUCGUUCCCGCAAGAUUUUGAAGAUAUUUUAAAGGCCACGGAGACACAACCAUCACGGUGGGUGGUUGUUUUUUCUCCCACCGGCUGCGACGGCCUGUUACGUGGUUUAGGAAUACUGGAUGAAGCAACGGGCAAAGCGAAAAAAAGUAACCUGGGGGAACGUAAAACAUUCGUCGUCACUAUUGGACCGACAACGCGAAACUACCUGAGAAACACGUUCAACUUCGAGGCUGAUGUCUGUGCCAAGGAACCGAGCCCAGAGGGCGUUAUGCAAGGAAUCGUCCGGUUUAUAGAAAACCGAAGUGAUACCUCAUAA